UGCUUCUGGGGCUUUUAAUAUUAGAGAAGAACAUUAAUGUAUGCACAAUGUAUUUGUGUUUUCUUAUUCAAGAAAUGAGAGUGCUUACCAUGAAAAAUAUUAUAUAGCGGUAUAACUUUGAUUUUAUUUUUCUGUGUUUAUAAGUUAGGACAAGUGGUAUGGAUGGUAUAUUUGAAGAUUUACUUGUGAGACAGUCCAGAUGAUGUGUAGUUUUCUGUUUAUAGUUCUAUGCUCUACUCCUCCUUGGGGUAACAUGCAUUAGCUAUAGAGAUGUCUGAUCUAAAUUCCUGGGUCUCAAAAACUUUGAACUUUAGGGAAAUCAUAUGGCCCCAUCUCCAGUUAUUUUACCUUUAAAGGCAAAAUCUACUAGUUCAGCAUCUCACAAAGAAAUUGGUAGAUUCAGUAUAUAGGGAUAACAGGAAACAUUUGUUAUAGGCUCUCAAGAAAAUGUUUGAGACAACAGUUUACAUUAUGGAUGAAGUGAUUUGUUCUGAAGGCUGUUGAAGGCUGUUGUGACAGGGCAUGGUCCCAUACCUGUCUCUUUUCUAACUUGGAGACCGUCUUCUGGUCAAAACACCUUGGGUAAUUAAUUUACACUGUUCUUUCCCACCACCUUUACGGACGUGCAGUUCUGUAUUUACAAUCGCUUACUAACCUUAAGGACACAGAAGUUAUCUUCCCCCUGAGACAUUGCUCCUGGCUCUGACUCUGAAAAGCCUACCAGUCUCUUUCUUCCCCUCAAGUACUUUCUCCCUGUGCCUUUCUACUUUUAGGGCUAAUUGGCUUAAUUAGCCUUGUAGCUCUCUCCAUUCCAUCCACAACCUAUUGAUUAGGCACAGCUUUGCCCCUCGGGUAUACUCUGGGGUGAUUUAAUUGGUGCUCCAGUGAUCAGAAUGCUGGUACAGCUGCUGUUCCCCAGCCUUUGUCACAGUUGUAAACGAAGGGAGAAGUUAAAUGAACCAUAUGAACUUGUUUGUGAAGACGGUGUCUAGUUGAGUACCCCAGAGAACUCUAUCGUGUCUGGGUUUACUUAUGUAUUUAUUCAUGAUCUGUAAAAAUGAGUGAAUAACACAAUAAUGACAUGGGAAAGUGCUGGGAACAUCAUGAAGGACUCUGCAACCUAGAGAAUUUAGAAACAUCGACAGGAAAUAAGGUGAGAACCAAGCCGGACAAAAUGAAUCUGGGUGAAAAUAUUCUAAAACAAUGAGAUUUAAUAGUACAAAAGACAUUUUGGAGAUCAGCAAUUCUAAUAUAGGGUGAAAAUGGACAGAAUAGUAUAGCAGACAAUAGCUAAUUUAGAUUUAUUUAAGCAGAAAUAGCUUGUCACAGAGCAGGAUGCCAUACCUAGAAUUCUGCAUUCUGUUCUGGGCAUCUCCAUAUGAAAAACAUGUAGGAUAUACUCAAAUCUGAGGAUAUUCAGAGGAGGAAUAAAAGUAGUGAUUAAGGGCAAGAUCGAUUCAUUAAUGAAGUAUGAGGGAAGCUAAAAAGAAGGGAGUAGGUAUAGGCUAUGGUUGCUAACUAAUGUCAAAAUAAGAGAUUUUGGAGAGCAUGAAACAGUCUACAAAUAUUGGGAGAUGUAAACACAAAGGACAGAGAAAGAGAUUGUUCUGGAUAAUCCAGAAUAUAAUUUGUAUAGAUAUAAUGGUAUAGAAUUAAGAAAAAUUUGCAUUAGACACUACAAACAUUUUACAACAGUGAGUGACUAUUCAAUAGCUUCCCAAAGGAACUGGUGAGAAUGCAAUCACUUAAAUUAUUUAAAAAUGGAAAGGACAAGUGGAUUUAGGGUCUGAUACAGCAAGAGGCUGAGCGCCCUCAGAUCCUAUUAAUGUCACAGAUACUCAGCAAUUUAAAGAAGUUGCUCAGCAAAUUGCAGGAGGAAACCAAGUGUGCAGAACAGGCCUGUACUGGUCCUAAAUGGAUCUAGGAAUAAUGCCUUGGUUUGUAUUAAUGAAAAUGAACACACAUUACGCCAAGGAUAAAAGAAUACAGAACUAAAAAUAAUAUUGCUACCACAACCAUAAACUCUUGUUCUAAGUGCUACAGACAGUUGGAGCUGAAGAUUACUUUUCUAUGUAUUAGUCAAUAUCUGUUAGCGGUAGUGAAUACAGGUGAUCCCUUUCCAUGAUUUCUUAUUAUCAAAUAGCGUUAAUGAAACCUAAAAAUCAAAGGCAGAAAAGACCUUGAAUGACAAGGCCAUCCUGUCCAUUGUCCCUUUCACACUUACACAUAUCCCUCGGACUAUUGAAUUGCUCCCAAGAGUAGGAUUUUUCAAGUCCAUUUUUAAGAGGAUGCAUGGGAAUGUUUUUUCCAGCCUCAAUUUUUUUUAUCCUGUAUCCUUUUGACUGUCUCCUCCAAGCCUCUUAUAACCUGAAUCUAUCUAGUAACGAUAGCCCCUCAUUCCUCUGUAGAUGGGUGGCACUUUGGAGAACAAAAUACUGUAUAUAGAAUUACUAUGAUUAUUUAUUAUUUGUAUGAAAGUUCAGCCUAGAGGCUCCGACCAAGAUCAGGGAAGUAUUGUACUAGAUAAUGUACGAAAACAUAGUGAGAGACAGUCCCAGCUCUGAAAAGUUUGCAAUCUAAACCACUGUAUAAAAUAUUAAAGGGGGUUAGGUUGUUCCAUUUUAACAUCAGUUUCUGUGAGGCUCAGAGGUAGCCAAAAUAUAUUUUAAUUGUUCAUGUUUAAAUAGAGGGCAGAUAACAGAAAAAAAAGAUAAGAUGCAUGUGCUGCACUGAUGUCCUACAUUACGCCAUUUCCUCUCGCAUUUCUGUUCCUCCUGAUACAGAUUAUUGUAAUGUAGUUAUUUAAACCAAUCAUUGCAAUGUCUUGAGAUUUCUUACCUGUUGUGAUUUAAGUCUCAUAGAUCAAUUAGUUGUUCAUUAAAUGUCAUCUCAAAGAAGAGCUCUGUGUAGCUCGAAAGCUUGUGUCUCGCACCAAUGGGAGUUAGUCCAGUCAAAGAUAUUACCUCACCCACCUUGUUUCUCUGAUAUCCUGGAACAGAAGCAUCUGCAACUACUCUGCAUAUUAUCCACCAUCAUCCACUAAAGCAGAGUCUACGGUUUCCACACUUACAGUCCUCCAGGAAUGAGUGAGCAGGAAGUGACUUACACAGAACUGAAACUUCACACUCCUUCUGAGCAGCAGAGGAGUCAAAGACCUAGGAACUCUGGGAGCAAAGACCCAUCAGUUCCAGCUCCUCCCUGGCGGAUCAUUGCAGUGAUUCUGGGGAUCCUCUGCUUGGUAUCACUGGGAGCAGCAGUGGCCUUGGCUACCAAAGGUCACUUCUCUCCAGGCUGCCCUGAUCAGUGGGUGGCUUACAGACACAGCUGUUACUUUUUCUCCAGGACAAAAAAGGAUUGGCAUUCAAGCCAGGAAUCCUGUUCUGCAAAGGGAUCACAUCUACUGGUGAUCAGUGACGCCCAGGAGAUGGACCUGUUUGCGGUGUUCCACACAGAAGCCCACUGGAUUGGAUUGAGGAACAGCACUGGCUCUGGGUGGGCCUGGGAAGAUGGCUCAGGAGUCAGUGAUACGAAGGUAAUCUCUAACAGCCCUGUGCAGCGCUGUGUCGUCCUGUUGAAUGGUUCUCUCCAGGCUUCCAGCUGUGAAAUUCCCUCACCAUGGAUAUGUGAGAAAGACCUGAACUAAUCUCCUGCUACUCUUUCCUAGAAAAUGUCCAUUGUUCAUGCUUGCAGGAUCCUGAUCACCCAGCAAGGACACAGCUAAAGCUUCUUCACAGUUAGAAAAAAUCUGCUGGUACUUCAUAGGGGUUAUUAGCCGGGAUUGCCAUGAUUCCAGAAAUCAUAUAGGUAUCUGAAUCGAAUUGUACCUGAGCCCCUAGAAAGAGCAGCAUUGUUUUGGUGUACAAGAAGGCAAAUUCCUCAUAAAUGAAAAUGUUGCUGAUGUUUGUAUUCCUGCUCUUUAACAUGAUUGUAUUGUAAGACUACUGGAAAUAGGAAAAAAAGUAAAAGCUGAUUUUAUGAUA